CGUGAUUUCCAGCUUUGUGGUGAACUGCCUCGAUGUCUGUGCAAAGUGACCGACAUUAUAAGCAAUGGACAAAACAUGGAAAGCUUGGUGGUAGUCGUGUUCCCGGGCUUUUGCAAGAUCAAGAACGAAGUUUAUUGCCCACAAGAAUAAGCCUGUGUACAAGGUGGGUGUCCAGCCUCAUCUUAUACUGGCCUCCAUAGCUGGUAAUUUGAAAGUUAUGAUGGAUUUAACCCUAUCAUUCUAGAGCCUUUCCUUUAUGCAUUCAGAGAAAAGCUAUACGGUGUUUGGUUAAACUUGCUUGACGCACUUUUCUCACAUGUGAGGUGAAAUUACUAAAAUGUUUUCUUUGCAGAUCUUAUACAAGAUUCCGUCAUGACAAAAUGCAAAAGAAACAGAAAGAACAAGGUGGACAAACUUCUCUAAUAUAAAAAUUAUUGUGCCUUGAUUUAAUCUGUUAAUCUAUGCCCGUUCAUACCCACUUCACUUCUAGCAUAGAAAUUUAUACACUUGGUGAUCUUUGUUCUACAAUAUCAAAACGGUAGUAACAAGCCAUGUGUUUCAUCUGCAAAUGUGAACUGGGUGCCAAUGAGCAUAAACCAUCAAAUGCUUGAUGAUCUUUGUUCUACAAUAUCAAAACGGUGGUAACAAGCCAUGUUUGUCAUUUGCAAAAAUUGGGUGCCAAAGAGCAUAAACCAUCAAAUGCUUGAUGAUAUUUGUUCCAUUCAAUGCCUAGAUUAUCAGAACAGAUGUAACUAGGCAUGCGAGCUUACGCUCGUAAACAUACGUCAUCUGAUUAGGUGUAUUAUCAUUUCUUUUAUUUCUUUGUGUAGAGGAGGAUGAAUCUCGACCGUACAUGUCAUUAAACCUGGACACACCCUCCCCCGCAGCUUACAACCCACCUACUGACCCUCCUAAUAUGACCACGUUCCCUGCUUAUACCAUGAGACCGAAAACAUAUCCCGAAAAAGGUGGGCUUUCUAACUCUUGCUUGUCAGUGUAGGUAGUGGUGACUGGUAUUGAAAUAAAUGUCCUUUGUGGUAGAUUCUCACUAGUCUAAACUUCAAACUGUUGGUUCUCAGUGUAGAUAGUGGUCUUGAAAUACACGUCCGUUGUGGUAGAUUCUCACUAGUCUAAACUUCAAACUGUUGGUUCUCGGUGUAGAUAGUGGUCUUGAAAUACACGUCCGUUGUGGUAGAUUCUCCCUAGUCUAAACUUCAAACAGUUGGUUCUCAGUGUAGAUAGUGGUCUUGAAAUACACGUCCGUUGUGGUAGAUUCUCCCUAGUCUAAACUUCAAACUGUUGGUUCUCAGUGUAGAUAGUGGUCUUGAAAUACACGUCCAUUGUGGUAGAUUCUCCCUAGUCUAAACUUCAAACAGUUGGUUCUCAGUGUAGAUAGUGGUCUUGAAAUACACGUCCGUUGUGGUAGAUUCUCCCUAGUCUAAACUUCAAACAGUUGGUUCUCAGUGUAGAUAGUGGUCUUGAAAUACACGUCCGUUGUGGUAGAUUCUCCCUAGUCUAAACUUCAAACAGUUGGUUCUCAGUGUAGAUAGUGGUCUUGAAAUACACGUCCGUUGUGGUAGAUUCUCCCUAGUCUAAACUUCAAACAGUUGGUUCUUAGUGUAGUAGUGUACUAGUGGUAUUGAAAUACAUUUCCUUUGUGGUAGAUUCUCACAGCAGUCUAAAUUUCAAAGUGUUAGUUCUCAGUGUAGGCAGUGGUCUUGAAAUACACGUCCUUGUUAUUUUAGCCGGUGGUGAUCGAGUUUCCUGGGGCAAAGAGUGGUUUAGUAACGGCAGUCGCUGGUCAAUAAGAACAGAUUUUGAUUCAAACAAUAAAUGGCCCUCUCCUUCAGAUCAUGUGCCAAGACCUACCUUAGGCUGGCCACAGAUCACGUCACAUACAGCUCCUUCACACACUAUUGGCACACGCAAGGAAUUCUCACUGGUCUCCAAAGGUUGGUGAAGCAUUAUUUUUCAAUGACUGAUUUUGUUCUGCUGACAAUGAAAAUGUUCAAACAGAUUAACAAUAUUAUUUUCAGAUGCAAAAAGCUUCCCGAGUCCAUGUCGUUAUGAUUGGUCACGAAGUCAAAAUAAAAUUCUUGCGAAUUCUCCAAGUUUCACCAUACAACAAGGCCGGAGACAAGGAACUCUCCCUUUCAUUCCAAGGAAUGGUAAGAUUUGGCAAUGAAUGAUUUCAGGUAUGGACGAAAUUUUGAUCUAUACAAGAAGAACGAAAUCCAUUACCAUCGCUGAAAAGAGCAUCUUAAAAUUAGUAAAAUUGCCAAGUUUGGUUGCGAAUUGUUGUAAAAUGAGGAAAAUAUAGCCCUGUGAAGUUCGCAAAUUUUGUAUAUAUUUGCAUUACGCGCGGUAAAAAUAACCGUUUUUAAGCCGAAAGUGGUUAUUUUUCCCGCGCGUAAUACAAAUAUAUACAAAAUUUGCUAACUUCACAGGGCUAUAUUUUCUUCAUUUUACAACAUUUAGCAACCAAUCUUUGCAGUUUCACUCAUUCUAAGACGCUCUUUCUAGCUGUGGUGUUGGAUUUUGUUCUUCUUGCCUUGAUCAAAAUUUAGUCUAUAUAGCCGGAAUCACCCAUUGUAAAUCACUGAUUCACUGUUGUGUGUAGCCUGCGCGCAGACUAUAUAAUGACAUAUUAUAUAGUCUGCGCGCUGGCUAUGUUGUGUGGGGUUUUGUGAUUCGAGUGAGGAAAUGUUAAUUCUCAGUUCCCUGAUUAUAUGGAGUGGUCUGGUAUUUGCAGUCAAAUAUUGAAAGAUGUAGCACCACCAUCAUUGUUGAAAACUAACCAUUUCAAUCUUUUAUAGGUUCGUCACCAGGCCCUGGCUCCUACAAUCCUAAUAUAUUCAAAAGCAGCUCGAAAGUUCGGCGGCCGGCGUUCACGAUCGCUAAAUCACCGAGAGUAAUCGGAAUCACUCGGAACUGUUCAUUUUAGGACUGGCGUAUGCCAACUUCACUGAAGACGUGUAGCAGCUAAGUAAUUUUAUUCAUUGUAGAAUUCAAUUAAAAUCGCCCGGUUCAUAGUAGAUGCAGAUGUUCGUUUGGUUAAAUUUUGGCAAAGAAAAGAUCAGCUUAUAAUCAUCUGCGUUUAAACGCAGCAAACGGACGGUGUCCUCUGUCGAGACAAACUUCUGCAUGUUUAGUUUGUAUUUCAGGGAGAGAUUAUUAGAGCUGUGCGGUUAACCGAAAAAUUCGGUUCUUCCGGUACUUUUUUUAGCACCGAAAAAUGAUACGCUGCAGAAGAACCGGUAGUAAACGCCCACCUGAUUGCAGGUUGAAAUGUUUGUAAAAUAACAAGAUUGUGCUCUUAGGGCACAAUAUGCACUG